AUGAGCUCUUUGAGGUCGUCUCUUCCUCGCUUCUCUCCCUUACUGUGCAAGAGACUGUUCUCUAUACCUUCUCACGGGCCACCUUCACCGCCGGGCAUAUUGGUUGAUGAAGAGAUCUCGCCAUUCUACAAUACGAAGUGCCUCUACCCAGCUAAGCCUGGGGAAGUACUCGCUGAUCGCUACCAUAUUGUCGUCAAAGUCGGCUGGGGCGUGUCUUCAACCGCAUGGCUCGCGCUUGAUCUACAACGCCAUAUAGAAGAGCCGGAGACCAUCGUGGCACUGAAGAUCGCCAAUAACAAUGCGCACUAUGCCGGUCAUGAGCGUGAGGUUGAAGAGCAUAUUUCCACCGCAGACCCCUCACAUCGCGGUCGCUCACUAAUCCGCACAUUGCUCAACUCCUUUCAAGGCCCGGAAGGAUCUCACUCAUGUCUUGUGUACCCGCCUCUGAGGGAGCCCCUUUCGAGGUAUCAGCAGCACUUCGUUGAUGGGAGGAUGCCACUGCCCCUUAUCAAAUCUUACAUCCGUACCCUGCUCUCGGGGCUUGAUUAUCUCCACCAGGAAUGCAGGGUAGUCCAUACAGAUCUAAAGCUUGAGAACAUCAUGUCUCAGCUUGCAAGGCCAAUGGCGUCCAAGAUUGACUCGACAGGACGGCCAGUGUACCAAUCCCGCAACGUUUUCGGCCCACUCAAAAGCCUCAAGAGUAUUCCCCAGCUUGUCGACUUUGGCCUGGCCACCCGACUGGCGGAAGACGAUGACUGGGGCAUCUGGCCAAUUCAGCCAGACCACUACCGAGCGCCAGAGGUGAUCCUGGGUAUUGGAUGGCAAAUGCCUGCCGAUAUUUGGAAUCUGGGUGUUCUGAGGUAUCAAUCCAUGCGCGAGUUUUCGUUACCGGGGCCUCUCCGACGAGAAGACGGCAGAGUAUGCGAGACCGCGGAAGAGUACUUCUGUCGCUUUCUCUACGAAGAUCUGAUUCCCGACCGGCGUCUCGGCGAUACGGUUUCCUUCCUCCAAGGAGAGGAGAGAGAGGCGUUUCUGGAUCUCGUCGGGAAAAUGCUUCUCUGGAAUCAUAAUUACCGACGACUGGCAGGCGAACUGGCGGGGCAUCCUUUUCUUCAACCCCAGAAUUGA